CACAUCGGGAUAAAAGCCGGGGGUGCCAUCCGUCUUCCCGUCCUACUUUCAUUCCAACAGCUCAAUACCAACAACAGCUACCAUGAAGUCCACCCUCGCCAUCCUUGGGUUCGCUCUGUCUUCUGCGCUUUGCGCUACCGCUCUGUCUCAAGGCGAGAUCCACUCCACCCUGGCUGCUCGCGACAGCCUCGAGCGGCGGUUAUCUCUAGGUCUGUUGCCAUGGGAGAUCCUCAGUGCCAAGCCGGUCGGCGUCAAGAAGAUGGUCGUCUUCGGUGACAGUCUUUCCGACACGGGCAACUCCCGCGCUCUCCUCCUGAAGUCCCAGACGGCCGCAAACCCAGCAUUGUGGCCCGAGAAGUUCUACAAAGACGGUCGGUGGACUAACGGCAACAACUGGGUCGACUCCUUGAGCAAGAACCUCGGCGCCUCCGUCGAGAACUUGGCGUAUGGCGGUUCCACCUCCGACGCGAACUUUAUCCCCGGCCAGGGUGUUAUCGGCGAGAAGUACCUACCCGACCAGAUGCCCGGUCUCGUGCAACAGACCUCCACCUGGGUUGCCAAGAACAAGGGCAAGUUCACCAAGGACAUUGCGGCCACUACACUUUUCACCGUCUGGUCCGGCGCGAAUGAUUACUUCCACAAGCCCGAUGCUGCCCCCGCCACAGUUGUGAAAGGGAUCGUCACUUCGCUCAAUGCUCUUGCAGCUGCGGGAGCUAAAAAUAUUGUCGUGUUCAACCUGCCCCCCGCAAGCGGCCUCCCCUGGGUCACUCACAACUUCCUCCUCGCGUCAGAGAUCCUCAAGUUCGACUUUGCGAACCCGGACAUCAAGGUUGUCUCCAUGGCGAUGGAAGUUAGUCUGGCGUAUGUCAUCUUGAACGCCCAGUCGUUCGGAUACCACAUAACCCUCCAGAAUGCCACCACACCAUGCAUCACGCAGCCGGACAUCACGAACUUCAACACGUGGUCCGCCUGUGCAUCCCCCGAGUUGAUGUGGGACGUUCACCCUACCGAAAAGACCCACGGCAUCAUCGCCGGCUUGAUCCGCAAGGAACUCGUGAACCACAACAUCCUCUCGGCGUAGAUUUUCCACUAGACUACUCUGUCGCUUUAGAGUAUACCCUCAGAUCUACCAUAGAUUCUUGUUUUUACUGUUACCCAUAGACAUUACAGCUUUCGCAUUUUGUUUUUUAAUACGAUUUGCUCUUUUUGGUA